AUGGCGGAUUCAGAAAGCACACCCAGCAAGUCGAAGUCAAGACCACCAGCACCUCAACGGACAAAUUCAGAUCAAUCAGAAGAUCAGGGCUAUGAAUCCAGGUCAAGAUCAGCGUCUCGACGCCGCAGAAGGCAGAACCAACGACAAAAAGGUCAAGGACAGGGUAAGGCUCAGGCUGGCAAAGCUAAAGCACAGUCAAUGGCAGCCGUCCAGGAGCAGGAAGAGCCUGAGGAAGAAGAGGUAGACGAGGAGGUCCAGCAGGGGUAUGCACCGAAAUCACAAUGGCUGAAGAAUCCUGAGCCUCGAGACACCACAGAGACUCAACCUUUUGACUGGAUAAAACCUGCUUCGCAGGGCAUGAUGGGACCUGUAACAUAUGCAAAAAUGAUGCGAGGCGAGAUUCCAUGGCGAGGACCUCCUCCAAGACAACCAUAUGAAACGACACAAGGAGUCGAUGCGAAGACAAACGCGCCGGAUCCUAUGGAACAGGACGGACUGAAACUGAGGAUAGAGUUAAACCUCGAUAUCGAGAUUGAGCUGAAGGCCCACAUCCAUGGUGACUUGACGCUGGCGCUGUUGCUUCGCAGCCCGUCAGACUACACCAGGGUCCUUGAUACCGGCGCCUUACUGCUGUACUUCCCAGCCCCGAAUUCUGUUACAGGCGAGGACGUGCUUGAGCUGCAUGUUCAUGGUGGUCCAGCAAUAGUUCGAAGUAUCCUUGAAGCACUUCCAGAGUGUUCUGGACCUGAAAAGAAUGUCAUACGAGCAGCAGCGGCGGGAGAGUUUACAAAACGUGCUUUCUAUAAUGGUCGCAUCGACCUUACAGAAGUUGAAGCUCUAGGCGAAGCUCUAGCAGCUGAAACAGAGCAGCAGCGUCGACUUGCUGUAAGUGGUGCUGCUAGUGCCUUGACACAAAGAUACGGACAAUGGCGUAGCAUGUUACUCUAUGCUCGCGGUGAGCUUGAGGCUCUGAUAGAUUUCUCAGAGGACCAGCACUUUGACGAGAGUCCGGCGGAGUUCAUGAGCAGUGUUUCAAAGCAGGUACUGGAUCUGAAAAGCCAACUGGAGCUUCACAUCCUCAACUCUGGAAGAGGAGAAUUGCUUCGAAGUGGUAUCAAUGUAGCAUUGCUUGGUGCUCCAAAUGCAGGCAAAAGUUCCUUGCUAAACAGAAUCGUUGGCCGUGAAGCUGCUAUCGUAUCGGCGGAAGAGGGUACGACUAGGGAUAUUGUUGAUGUCAACAUUGACCUUCAAGGAUGGCUUGUGCGACUAGGAGAUAUGGCUGGUCUUCGAUCAGAUCAUACAGACACUGCUGCCGCCGUACAAGCUGGUAAGCCAUCGACCUUCCCAGCCAACGUCAACAUAGGAGAAAUAGAACGAGAGGGCAUGCGCAGAGCUCGGGAGCGAGCCCUACAAUCAGACCUCAUUCUCGUCCUAAUCUCUCUUCAAGAAACGCCAGAGGGCACCGUCGGACUGGCCAUCAACGAGGAACUCGUCUCUGCUGUUCGGCAAUGUCGCACAUCCAGGAAGGACAUGCUCUUUGUCGUCAACAAGAUUGACCUACUGCAGUCCCAGACAGCUCGCCACAAGGUCUCAAUUUCUAGGCUCCUUUCAUCUCUUAUCGACACAUUCCCCGAUACAGACCCCAACGAAGUCUUCUGCAUUUCUUGCAAAGAUGCGGACUUGUUUGUUCCUGAUGAAUCAGAUGCUGGUGGGUUGCAGACGUUCAUUGCUGGUCUGGUCCAAAAACUUUCUUCCAUGACUGCAGCAGUCGCAAGCUUGCCUAAUUCCGAUACGACACAGAUGUCAGCAGCCGAUGCUCAGAGCUAUUGGGCGGCGAGUCUCAAUGUUACACAUCAUCAAGGUCAGGCUCUGCGACAAUGUCUGACACAUCUGCAGGACUUUCUCAGCAUUAGUCUGCCCAACGCGCACUCACAUCUGUUAGUUGAAGCGAGCGCUCAGGUGAUGACCGGGCCAGGAGAGUCUUCCCAUGGCGGAGAAUAUUUCGACACAACUGAAAUGUUGCAGACAGAGCGCAAGCCACAACAUCAAGAUUACCAUAUCGACAACCACGAAGACAUCGUGGGUCAAAUUGAAGACAUACGUGAACAAUUUCACACCAGUGAAGCGAUGCGACAAUCACACAAACACCUUCAGAAUCCGCAUUUUCACGCAGAGAACGCUGAACUCAGUGAAAAUAUCGAUCUCGAUGGCGAAUUUGAUGUUGUGACUGCCGCAGAGCAUCUACGACAUGCAGCGAAUUGCUUAGCGAAGCUGAUAGGUCGAGGGGAUGGACUUUCUUCAGGUGCAGACGUUGAAGACGUCCUAGGCGUGGUUUUCGAAAAGUAA